AAUGGCUCAAGGUUUAAACCCAGUUUCUCCUCCAUUUUUCUGUGUGUUAUCCAGAAGCUGGGCAGUAAUAUGCAGUCGGAGGAGGGCACAGAAUGGCUCCUGGAGCUGCUGAUGGAGGUGCAGCUGCAGCAGUACUUCCUCCGUAUCCGCGACGACCUCAACGUGACGCGACUCUCCCACUUCGACUACGUCAAGAACGAGGACCUGGAGAAGAUCGGAAUGGGGCGACCCGGUGAGUUUUUAUAGUGGAGUGUGUGUGUGUGGGGUGGUGUGUGCAGUGUGCGUUCAUGCUGUGCAUCUUUGUCCAAGUGCAUUCUUGAACUAUUUGUGUGUGUGGACAGUGCUAUGAAAAAGUAUUUGCCCCCUUUCUAAUUUUCUCUACUUUUGCAUAUUUGUGAUACUGAAUGUAAUCAGAUCUUCAACCAAAACCUAAUAUUAGAUAAAGUGAACAUAAGUGAACAAAUAACACAAAAAUUACAUAUUUAUUUCAUUUAUUUCAUAAACAAAGUUAUGCAACACCCAAUUCCCCUGUGUGAAAAAGAAAUUGCCCCCUUACACUCAAUAACUGGUUGUGCCACCUUUAGCUGCAAUGACUCCAACCAAAUGCUUCCUGUAGUUGUUGAUCAGUCUCUCACGUCGCUGUGGAGGAAUUUUGGCCCACUCUUCCAUGCAGAACUGCUUUAACUCAGUGAUGUGUGGGUUUUCAAGCAUGAACUGCUCGUUUCAAGUCCUGCCACAACAUCUCAAUUGGGAUUAGGUCUGGACUUUGACUAGGCCAUUCCAAAACUUUAGCAAUUUUCAUUUAGACUUGAUUGUGUGUUUUGGAUCAUUGUCUUGCUGCAUGACCCAGCUGCGCUUCAGCUUCAGCUCACAGACGGAUGGUCUGACAUUCUCCUGUAGAAUUAUCUGAUACAGAGCAGAAUUCAUGGUUCCUUCUAUUAAGGCAAGUCGUCCAGGUCAUGAGGUAGCAAAGCAUCCCCAAACCAUCACACCACCACCACCAUGCUUGACCUUUGGUAUGAUGUUCUUACUGUGGAAUGCAGAGUUUGGUUUUCGCCAGGCAUAAUGGGACCUAUCUCGUCCAAAAAGUUGACUCAAGUUUGCCAAAAAGCACCUGGAUGAUCAUCAAGACUCUUGGAAGAAAAUUCUUUGGACAGAUUAUUCAAAGUAUAACCUUUUGCACGACAUGGUUCCAGUAAUGCCUGGCGAAAGCCAAACUACUGAGUUUCAAACUCUGGAAGCAACGUCAGCACAAGAACUGUUCGUCGGUCGCAAUGCCAAGCGUUGGCUGGAGUGGUGUAAAGCUUGCCGCCAUUGGACUCUGGAGCAGUGUAAAUGCGUUCUCUGGAGUGAUAAAUCACGCUUCACCAUCUGGCAGUCCGACGGACGAAUCUGGGUUUGGCGGAUGCCAGGAGAACGCUACUUGCCCCACUGCAUAGUGCCAACUGUAAAGUUUGGUGGAGGAGGAAUUAAUGGUCUGGGGUGUUUUUCCAUGGUUCGGGCUAGGCCCUUUAGUUCCAGUGAAGGGAAAUCUUAACGCUACAGCAUACAAUGACAUUCUAGACGAUUCUGUGCUUCCAACUUGGUGGCAACAGUUUGGGGAAGGCCCUUUCCUGUUUCAGCCUGACAAUGUCCCCGUGCACAAAGCUAGGUCCAUAAAGAUAUGGUUUGUCGACAUCGGUGUGAAAGAACUUGACUGGCCUGCUCAGAGCCCUGACCUCAACCCCAUCGAACACCUUUGGGAUGAAUUGGAACGUCGACUGCGAGCCAGGCCUAAUCGCCCAAUAUCAGUGCCCGACCUCACUAAUGUUCUUGUGGCUGAAUGGAAGCAAGUCCCCGCAGCAAUGUUCCAACAUCUAGUGGAAAGCCUUACCAGAAGAGUGGAGGCUGUUAUAGCAGCAAAGAGGGGAUCAACUCCAUAUCCAUGCCCAUGAUUUUGGAAUGAGAUGCUCGACAAGUAGGUGUCCACAUACUUUUGGUCAUGUAGUAUACAUAUAGGUAGGGAUAGAGUGACUAGGCAACAGGCUAGAUAAUAAACAGUAACGGCAGCGUAUCUGAAGAGUCAAAAGAGUUAGUGCCAAAACGUUCGAUGCAGAUGGUCCGGGUAGCUAUUGGUUAACUAUUUAGCAGUCUUAUGGCUUGGGGGUUGAAGCUGUUCAGGGUCCUGUUGGUUCCAGACUUGAUGCAUCGGUACCGUGCGGUAGGAGAGAGGAACAAUCAAUGACUUGGGUGGCUGGAGUCUUUGACCAUUUUUAGGGCCUUCCUCUGACACCGCCUGGUAUAGAGGUCCUGGAUGGCAGGGAGCUCGGCCCCAUUGAUGGACUGGGCCAUACGCACUACCCUCUGUAGCGCCUUGCAGUCGAAUGCCAAGCAUUCGCCAAGCAGCAGUGAUGCAGCCAGUCAAGAUGCUCUCAGUGGUGCAGCUGUAGAACUGUUUGAGGAUCUGAAGACCAUGCCGAAUAUUUUCAGGCUGUUGGUGUGUGUGGACCAUGAUAAUUCCUUAGUGAUGUGGACACCAAGGAAAUUGGAGCUCUCGACCUGCUCCACUACAGCCCUGUGGAUGGGGGGUGUGCUCGGCCCUCUGUUUCCUGUUUCUUGCUGACGUUGAGGUUGUUAUCCAGGCACAACACUGCCAGGUCUCUGACCUCCCUUUAGGCUGUCUCAUCAGUCAGUGAUCAGGCCUACCACCGUCGUGUCGUCUGCAAACUUAAUGAUUGUGUUGCAGUCAUGGGUGAACAGGGAGUAGAGGGGACUAGGCACGCACCCCUGAGGGACUCCUGUGUUGAGGGUCAGCGUGGCGGAUGUGUUGUUGCCUACCCUCACCACAGGGGGGCGACCCACCGGGAAGUCCAGAAUCUAGUUGCAGUAGGAGGUGUUUAAUCCUAUGGUCCUUAGCUUAGUGAUGAGCUUGGAGGGCACUAUGGUGUUGAACGCUGAGCUGUAGUCAAUGAACACCCUUCUUUCAUAGGUGUUCGUUUUGUCCAGGUGGGAAAGGGUCAUGUGGAGUGCAAUAGAGAUUGCGUCAUCUGUGGAUCUGUUGGGGCGGUAUGCAAAUUGGAGUGGGUCCAUGGUAUCUGUGAUGAUUGUGUUGAUGUGCGCCAUGACCAGCCUUUCAAAGCAUUUCAUGGCUACAGAUGUGAGUGCUACGGGGCAAUAGUCAUUUAGACUGAUUACCUUGGCGUUCUUGGGCACAGGGACUAUGGUGGCCUGCUUGAAACAUGUAGGUAUUACAGACUGGGUCAGGUAGAGGUUGAAAAUGUCAGUGAGGACACUUGCCAGCUGGUCAGCGCAUGCUCUGAGUACGCGUCCUGGUAAUCCGUCCGGCCUUGUGAAUGUUAACCUGUUUAAAGGUGUUACUCACAUUGGCUACAAAGAGCGUCCGGAACAGCUGGUGGUUCAUGGUUCAGUGUUGCUAGCCUCGAAGCGAGCAUAGACGGCAUUUAGCUCGUCUGGUAGGCUCGUGUAACUGGACAGCUCGUGGCUGGGUUUCCCUUUGUAAUCCAUGAUAGUUUGCAAGCCCUGCCACGUCCGACGAGCGUCAGAGCCGGUGUAGUAGGAUUCGAUCUAGGUCCUGUAUUGAAGCUUUGUCUGUUUAAUGGUUCGUCGGAGGGCAGAGCGGGAUUUCUUAUAAGCAUCCGGAUUAGUGUCCUGCUCCUUGAAAAUGGCAGCUCUAGCCUUUAGCUCAGUGCGGAUGUUGCCUGUAAUCCAUGGUUUCUGGUUGGGAUGUGUACGUACGGUCACUGUGAGGAAGACAUCGUCGAUGCACUUAUUAAUGAAGCUGGUGACUGAUGUGGUAAACUCCUCAUUGCCAUUGGGUGAAUCCCGGUACAUAUUCCAUUCUGUGGUAGCGAAACAGUCCUGCAGCUUAGCAUCUGCUUCAUCGGACCACUUCCGUAUUGGUACUUCCUGUUUGAGUUUUUGCUUCUAAACAGGAAUCAGGAGGAUAGAGUUAUGAUCAGAUUUGCCAAAUGGAGGGCAAGGGAGAGCUUUGUAUGUGUCUCUGUUUGUGGAGUGCAGGUGAUCUAGAGUUUAUUCGCCUAUAAUUGCAUAGGUAACAUGCUGGUAGAAAUUAGAACAUUGAUUUAAGUUUGGCUAUUCACAAGCCUGGAGAAACACCUGCUUUUCUCUCCCUCACUCCUUGUCUCUCUGUGGAGCAAUGAUAAACAGGAUGUAUUUCCCUUAUGUCGACUCCCACCACAUCCUUUCUUAAUUUACCCCUGAUUUCCAGCACAUCCACUAAGCUCACUGUAGUUAUACUAACUGUAUUCUGUUAGGUUAGAUUCCACUCUCUUUUGUCCUGGAGUUACGCUAACUAGGAAGUGAAACAGAAUAUCAAUAAAGUAUUUUCUUUCCAACACGAAUGCCCCUAAUAUCUUUUCAUAUUUCACAUUUAACCGGUAAUUAUAAAAAAUAUAAAGCGUAAACCUUGCAAAUGUAAUUUCCAAAAAUGUAUACACUGAGUAUACAAAACAUCACCUACUACAGCGAGUGAAAUCACUGCAACACUUAACAAAGAGCUGCAGUUAGAGUUUCAGAAUGGGUGGUAAGGAAUAAGUUAGACCUAAAUAUUUCAAAAACUAAAAGUAUUGAAUUUGGGACAAAUUAUUCACCAAACCCUAAACCUCAACUAAAUCUUGUAAUAAAUAAUGUGGAAAUUGAGCAAAUUGAGGUGACUAAACUGCUUGGAGUAACCCUGGAUUGGAAACUGUCAUGGUCAAAACAUGUUGAUACAACAGUAGCUUAUUGUUGUCACUUGUUAAAUUGUUGUCAGGUUAAAUAAAGAUUUUUAAGCCUUGAGGCAAUUGAGACAUGGAUUGUGUAUGUGUGCCAUUCAGAGGGUGAAGGGGUGAGACAAAAUAUUUAAGUGCCUUUGAACGGGGUAUGGUAGUAGGUGCCAGGCGCACUGGUUUGUGUCAAGAACUGCAAAGCUGCUGGGUUUUUCACACUCAACAGUUUCCCAUGUGUAUCAAGAAUGGUCCACCACUUAAAGGACAUCCAGCCAACUUGACCGUGGGAAGCAUUGGAGUCAAGGGUGGGUGGGUGGUGCGCAACUCAAUAUUAGGAAGGUGUUCCUAAUAUUUGGUACACACAGUGUACGUUGGCUACAUUCCAAUAUCCAUACUAGGAUACCACUUAGAAAUACAUACCCAAUCAAUCAAAUAUAUUUUAUAAUAUUACCGAAUAAAACUGUGAUCACUGCACUACAAACAUUUUAACCAAUCACAGCACUUUUACUGCAUAAAAUGAUUAAAUCAAGCCACACGUCAACAAAACUUUUCCCCCGUCAGCACAUUUUCUUAAUAACUUGAACAAAAUCAUCUCAAAUUGCAAUGCAAAAUGUCAGAAGUGCUGCAUCUAAAUCAAGCAGUUUUGCCCGCUACUAUCACAGAAAAACGCUGUGGAAUCCUGGAGGGACUGAACAGUACAGAACAGUGCAGUCCCAGAGCAUGCUUUUCUUACGUAUCAAGUACAGCAGUGGUGCCCAACUAUCCUCUGAGAGGGCUACCCCUUCUGGAAGCUUUUGCAACAACCCUAAUCUAGCCUGAUUCUACUAAUUAGCUGCUCACCAGGACCUUGAUUAGCUGAAUCAAAGGAGUUUCAGCACAACAGGGUUGAAGCAAAAGCUUGCAUUGCCAGUAGCUUUCCAGGAAGAGGGUUUGCCGACUCUGAAGUAUACUGAACAAAAAUAAAAAACGCAACAUGCAACAAUUUCAAUUAUUUUACAGAGUUAGUUCAUAUAGGGAAAUCAAUCAAUUGAAAUAAAUUCAUUAGACCCUAAUCUGUGCAUUUCACAUGACUGGGCAGGGGCGCAGUCAUAGGUCCACCCACUUGGGAGCAAGGCCCACCCACUGGGGAGCCAGGCCCAGCCAAUCUGAAUGAGUUUUUCCCCACAAAAGGGCUUUAUUACAGAGAGAAAUACUCCUCAGUUUCAUCAGCUGUCCGGUUGGCUGGUCUCAGACGAUCCCGCAGGUGAAGAAGCCGGAUGUGGAGGUCCUGGGCAACAUGGUCUGCGGUUGUGAGCUGCCAAAAUCUCUAAAACGAUGUUGGAGGUGGCUUAUGGUAGAGAAAUGAACAUUACAUUCUCUGGCAACAGCUCUGGUGGACAUUUUUGCAGUCAGCAUGCCAAUUGCACGCUCCCUCAAAACUUGAGACAUCUGUGGCAUUGUGUUUUGACAAAACUGCACAUUUUAGAGUGGCCUUUUAUUAGAUGCACCUGUGUAAUGAUCAUGCUGUUUAAUCAGCUUCUUGAUAUGCCACGCCUGUCAGGUAGAUGGAUUAUCUUGGCAAAGGAGAAAUGCUCACUAACAGCGAUGUAAACAAAUUUGUGCCCAAAUAUGAGAGAAAUACGAUUUUUGUGCGUAUGUAACAUUUCUGGGAUCUUUUAUUUCAGCUCAUGAAACAUGGGACCAACACUUUACAUGUUGGGUUAAUAUUUUUGUUCAACAUAGAAUAGGAUAUUCGCAUAUGAACAGGUCCAGAGCGUUAAGCAUUAGCAUAACACUGAUUGUUAAGUGAGCGACUCAAUGUUUGGUUUACAACCCUCUGCACCCAUACAUUAAUGAAUGAAUGAUGUUGAAUUGAAUAUGACUAUCACUAUCACAUAGCAUAGUGAUAUUACUGUAGUUUUUGGAAGAAGGAGUUUCUGAUUCUUGGUCUACAUAGUCAGUGACAUUCUCCUCUCUCUCUCUCUUUCUCCCUCUCUCUCUCUGUCUCUCUCUCUCUCUCUGUCUCUCUCUCUCUUCUCUCUUUCUCCCACUCUCUCUCUGUCUCUCUUCUCUCUGUUUUUCGCGGGUGUCGCUACAGGGCAGAGACGGCUGUGGGAGGCGGUCAAGAGGAGGAAAGCCAUGUGCAAGCGGAAGUCCUGGAUGAGCAAGGUACGGUACACAAAUGCAUACAUACAGAUACCCUACAUACAAAUAUAAUACAUACAGUACACUCACUCUACAGUACAAACGAUCUGUCUCGUACAGUGUCUUGAUCCAUCCUGUCGCACAUUGUCAAUCUCUGUUCCCUGUGGACAUUAGGACGUGUUAUCUUUGGUCUGAAUUCACUGUCCCCAUAGCUUGGUUUUACAGACUGAGUUCAAUUGAGCUGAGCAGUUGUGUAUACAAUGGAGGUGUAUAGAGAGGUUAGAUGUCAGGUUCAUUUGUGUGAGCGCGCACAUGUACAGGCAAUUGCCAAAAUAAAGGAAACACCAACAAAGUGUCUUAAUAGGACGUUGGGCCACCACGCGCCACCAGAAACACUUCAAAGCACCUUGGCAUAGAUUCUACAAGUGUCUGGAACUCUAUUGGAGGGAUGCGACACCAUUUUCCCACAAGUAAUUACAUUAUUUGGUGUUUUGUUGAUGGUGGUGGAAAGUGCUGUCUCAGGUGCCACUCCAGAAUCUCCCAUAAGUGUUCAAGUGGGUUGAAAUCUGGUAACUUUUGCCCUCAGAACAUCCUCAAUUCGUCGGGGCAUGGACUCUACAAGGUGUCAAGCAUUCCACAGGGAUGCUGGCUCAUGUUGACUCCAAUGCUUCCCACAGUUGUGUCAAGUUGGAUGGAUGUCCUUUGGGUGGUGGACCAUUCUUGAUACACACGGAAAACUGUUGAGCAUGAAAACUCAGCAGCGUUGCAACCGCUGUGCCUGGCACCUACUACCAUACCACGUUCAAAGGCACUUAAAUCUUUUGUCUUGCCCAUUCACCCUCUGAAGGGCACACAUACACAAUCAUGUCUCAAUUGUCUCAAGGCUUACAAAUCCUUUAAGCUGUCUCCUCCCCUUCAAGUGACAUCAAUAAGGGAUCAUAGCUUUCUCCUGGAUCCACCUGGUCAUUCUCUGUCAUGGAAAGAGCAGGUGAUCUUAAUUUGUUGUACACUCAGUGUACACAGAAUGCAUAGAGACGGACAGAUUCUAGUAUGCUCACAAACAUACAGUGCACACACCACACACACACACACACACAGAGCUUGGCUGGCUCUAUCGCUGUCAACUGAGUUUGCAUAUGACCCCUGAGUCGGCAUGUAUAACGGAGUACAACUCUGAACUGUACCACUAAUUGUCUGCUGAAUAACCACAUUACACACACACUUACUCACUGCCAUGUCACCCUCUGAGGUUUAGUAUUUGGGAGCUGCAGGCCUCUAGGAUGCAGACUGCAGUGUUGGCCGCUCCAGCCAGAAUGCAGCCAGGCUGAGGAGAUGAUAGCUUUCUAAAAUUACACGUGUUUGUUUUCCGCUUCUGGCACCAACCACCGGUCCAAGUAAUCUGCCUCCUCAGCCACUGACUGUGCUUGUGUGUUUGUGUGGGGGAGCUCAGGGUGUUAGUGUGUGUGUGUGUGUGCGUGUGGUUAUUCAGCAGACAGUUUGGGGUACAGUUUAGGGUUGUGUGCUGGUCUACCAUCUUCACUAUUUAAAAAAACGUCCCUUCCCCUAUUUAGAACACCAGACUCAACACAGAUACAGACACACAGACUGCAGAACAGACUUAUUGAUAUACACACCACACCACAGACGUGGAGCUGUAAAAAUCCCCUCAGCCAGUAAUGUCCAACUCCGUCUGCACUCAGAUCACCUUUUGCCUUCAUCAACAGUAUGUCUUGCCCCUCUAAACAAAGCAACCUAACAUACUGUUUACAUUGAAGUCCCAUGUACAGUAUGGGUUCAUAUUGAGGUCAAUAAGUAGUUGUAAUAGCCUUACUCAAGGUUACUCCAUUAGUAUACCCCAGGGCCUGUAUUCAUAGGAGUGCUGAUCUAGGAACAGUUUUACCUUUAAGCUGAUAAUAAAUAAGAGGAGGGACCUGAUCCUAGAUCAGCACUCCUGCUCUGAGAUGCUUUACGGGCUGAGACCUCUUUUUUCUUCCAAAGACCAACUUAAAUAUCUGUGUUAACAGUUUUUCUGCCUUAAAAGAAAAAUCCACAAAAGAAAAGUCCACCGUUAAUGCAGUCAGCAGUCAAGUUUUCAAGAUCUAGAAUUUCAAGAAGAAAAGUGUCUUGCCACAUCAUCAUAAUGGUGCGUUUAGAAAAAAAUACCCCAAAACUUAACACAGAUAUAGGCUAGAGAAAGCAACAGGAAAAACUGGAAUAAGCCAAAGAGGCAUUGUAAAAAGCUUGAGGAGCAUGGAGAAAAGCUUUAGACACUGAGGGAAGGGGCUUGAUUUUAGUUCCUACUCACUGACACAAGUUUAAUUUCCCUUCUUCCUCUCAUAAAGAUAACGGAAUAUCCUGGAGUUCUUGCGGAAUACGGAAGGGAGGAUUUGGUGUGUGUGCGUGUGUGUCUGUUAAUUCUGUGUUAACUAAUGUUUGUCUGUGUUUGAGUUUAUCCAUGCGUCUUGCUUGCACGCUCGUGUUUUUAUGUUAAUGCUUGUUUGUGUGUAUUAUUUGUCUGUUUGUGCAUGUUUGUGGCAGUAUUGUUUGAGAGGAUGUGUUUGUGUGUGUGUGUGUGUGUGUGUGUGUGUGUGUGUGUGCAUAUGCGUACCCCCCUCUGCCUCCACCCCUCCCGCCCUCACCAAUCCCCAUAUCAAGAUAACAGGCUAGGGAUCACUCUGCACCCUCCCUGCUGUGGCACCCCUGGCCAAGUGAGCCGACCGUGGGGCGCUGGACAUAAUUGAGCCCUGGCUCUCCUCAACACACACCUCCUACAGCUACAGCACACACUCAAUGGCUGGGAGGGAGGAAGGGAAGGAGGAAGAGGGGGGAGGAGAAUAACCCUUCACACUGGGGCUGGGGAGAGGGAGAAACGAGAGAGAGAGAGAGAGACGGGUGGGAUGGGGGGAUCGAGAUAGAGAGACAGAAAGGGGGGAAAGAGGGAAGAUAAUAUCAGGACCACUUCCCCCUCUACACAGCACAAGCCAGUGUCUCCCCUUUACAAAGUGCCUCAGCAGAUAGCUUAAUGACCGUUAGAGUUGAAAGACAUGCUAUCUCAACCCAACUAGGUGCUGUGGUCCUACCACCCUGCCUCCACACAGACAACCAAUGUUGCUCUCCUUCUUUGAAUACUGUACAACUAAGGUCAAAGUGCAGGGCUGCUUUGAAAAAAAGAAGUUGUUCUCAAUGGGACUCCGUGCUUUAAUAAUACAAUUUUUAAAAAGUAAUACCUUGGCUGGCCACUUCAGUUAAACUUGCUCUUUAUCUUUUGCAACUGUUCCAUGUGGAUAUACACCGUUUUUUAGGUACAUCUAGUACCGGGUCGGACACCCCUUUGCCUCCAGAACUGCCUGAAUUCUUCAGGGCAUUCUACAAUGUGUCGGAAACGUUCCACAGGGAUGUUGGUCCAUGCUGACUCGAUGGCCUCAGCUAAUUGCUGCAGAUUGGACAGCGGUACAUUUAUGCUGCGAACAGCCCAUUCCAUCUCAUCCAAUAGAUGCUCUAUUGGGUUGAGGUCUGGGGACUGCACAGGCCACUCAAGUAAACUGAACUCGCUGUCAUGUUCCAGGCUAUGUUUUUCCACUCCUCAAUUGUCCAGUGUUGGUGAUCGCGUGCCCACUGGAGCCGCUUCUUCUUGAUUUUAGCUGAUAUUAGCUGAUAGGAGUGGAACCCGGUGUGAUCGUCUGCUGCAAUAGCCCAUCUGUGACAAGGAUCGACAAGUUGUGCGUUCCGAGAUGCCAUUCUGCACACCACUGUUGUACUGCGGUUCUUGCCAGUCUCCUUCGACCUCUCAUCAACGAGCUGUUUUCACCCACAGGACUGCCACUGACUGGAUGUUUUCUGUUUGUCGCACCAAUCUCUGUAAACCCUAGACACUGAUGCGUGUGAAAAGCCCAGGAGGGCGGCCGUUUCUGACAUACUGGGCGACGAUCAUACCACGCUCAAAGUCUCUUAGGUCACUCAUUUUGCCCAAUCUAACGUUCAAUCGACCAGUAACUGAAUGCCUGCUUUAUAUAGCAAGCCACGGCCACGUGACUCACUGACUGUAGGCGCAAUCAAUUUUCGUGAACUGUGUGGUGUACCUAAUAAACUGGCCGGUGAGUGUAUAUCUUAAUGGUGAACAACAACUUAUUCUCACUGCUAAGUACUGGCUGUCUUUUUUACAGCAGUCAGAUAACUCCUGGGCUACAGCACCCAAAGACUCAUUUACAGAACUUAGUAAAAGUAGAGAACAUAUUUUGUUAAUUUUGUAUUAACACCAUCUCCCCUCAUUCCCUCUCUUCUUUCUCCAGGUGUUCAGUGGGAAGCGUCCGGACGGCGGGGACAUCCAGCAGGCGGCGCCCACCUCCUCCUUCCGCAAGCUAUCCCCAACGCCGCCCCCGGGGGUUGAGGGGAGUCCUCUAUCCCUGUCCCAGCCCCCCCAGCAGCAGGCCCUCACCUGUCUGAUCAGCGAGAAGGACCUGGCUCUCUUUGAGAAGCUGGGUGACGGCUCCUUCGGGGUGGUCAAGAGGGGCGAGUGGUUCACGCCCGCCGGGAAAGUGGUGAGAGGGACUGGGGAGUGUAGUGUGUGGGUACGGUACUGUUUGUGGGAAAGGCUGGUAGUGGGAGAGGUAUUGGUCUGCAUCUUACCCCCUAUAGGCCCCCCUUUAGAAAACAGGGUCCCAUCUAGACACAUCUAAUAACACACAUGCUUCUGGAACACUUCUGGAACGCUUGAUGUAUACAGUAGUUUCACAGUACGGGAUCAGGAUAGAAAGACAGAGGAAGAGGAAAUACAAGUCCCUCAUGACCCUGGGAAACAAAGUAUCAGUGGGUUCAAAGUUCAAACCAUGACAACAUGGGUAAAAUGACCAAAAACACCUUCCUUCCAACAUCUGUUCUGGUCAAACCCUUGACCACUAGCCCCUAUAGAUUUGACCUUGAGGGAGGGAAGGAGCGAGGGCGUGAUGAAGAGAGAAUCUUGUCCAAACACUCUCCAGCAGUGACCGCAACAUGGCCAGAUGGGAACAAUAAAGCCAGGUGCAGAAUCACAACAGAUCAGUAUCCAAGGGAAUAGUUUACAAAACAUUUCACAGAGCCCAUAGAACAGGGGUAUUCAAAGCUUACCCUCUGAGGUCCGGAGCCUGCUUGUUUUCUGUUCUAUCUGAUAAUUAAUUGCACCCACCUGGUGUCCCAGAUCUAAAUCACUCCCUGAUUAGAGGGGAAGAAUGAAAAUAAACUGUGGAACUGGCUUUGAGGUCCAGAUGAACAUCUAGACCAGUGGCUGGGAAUAAGGUCAGCUGAUCUCCUACGUUAUGCUGUAGUAGGACCUCCGUUCCCGUCGGGUUCUUAUCCUACAGCAUAAUUGACCUGAUAUUUUACCUGAUGAUUUCAGCACCUUGCCACUGUCCUUAACAGCAUUUAGAUUAGCAUGUAGGUCAGGCCAACUUGAACAACAAACAAUAAAGUAAAAAAUAAUCUUGUUCAGGAAGUGCAACCUGGUGCUCUAUUGUCUCCUGGUUUAAGACUGUUCUGCGGCCGCCAGGCUGUUAGUAAGUGCAACUGGCUAUCAAUCACUUUCACUAUGGAUUUUGAUUUAGCAUUUUGCUAACAUGGUCCCCAAUCUUUCUCUCCAGUUGACCGUAGCGGUCAAGUGUCUGAAGACGGACAUGCUGAGCCAGCCGGAUGCGUUGGAAGACUUCAUCUGCGAGGUCAACGCCAUGCACUCCCUGGACCACCAGAACCUCAUCAGGCUGUACGGGGUGGUGCUCACACAACCCAUGAAGAUGGUACGGACGGACACACACAACACAUGUUCAAUACGUCAUUUGAGUCCACAAAUCAGAUUACAUUUGCAAUAUGAUCAUGGAUACCAUGAAUACACCUUCUUCGCCCAUGACAGCUGACACAGAGCCGUAUCUUUCCAGCUGCUUUGCUUUGCUCUUUGUACAUGCUUGUGUACAUGCCUAAAUAGCAGCACCACCAGCUUACACUCAAAACCUAUACUGUUCCUAAGCGCAGACAGUGUCAAGUUUACAAACUGCUUCCUGUCCAUGUGGCCCCUUUAAGUAAUAUCAAGGGCAGAAGUGAUUGAGACCGAGGACUGAAAUAAGGAUUGACGUUUCCGCUCUGUUCUUUUCAUCUCUGCGUCAUUACAUUUACAUUUGAGUCAUUUAGCAGACGCUCUUUAUCCAGAGCGACUUACCUCCCUGUACUUCCUCAGUAUUAUUUUGGAUUGAUGUGGAGUACAUUGUGUUUGGAGUCAACCAAUAAUGUUACAUUGUUGUCACCUCCUUCCCCUCCCCCGGCACUCCCCGCAGCACCACUCCCUUUAAAGCAGGGUUUCCCAAACCUCUCUGAAAGUACCACCAGCUGUUCCACUUAUUUUAUGUAUUGCCGUACUGGCAGCAGAUUCAUUUAGUCACAAGCCUUUCAUUAGUUGAAUUUGGUGUGGUAGCUCUGGAAUACAUCAAAUACCUGGAGGUACUCGAGAAGAGGUUUGGGAAACACUGCUCUAAACUCUUGGGAGCUCACAGCCGUUACAUUUUUGUUCCAGCCCAGCACUAACAACACACCCUCCUUCUCCAGGUGACUGAACUAGCCCCACUUGGCUCCCUCCUGGAGCGCCUACGCUGCGUCCGCCCACAGGGCCCCGUCCUCAUCCACACGCUUUGCCAGUACGCCGUGCAGGUGGCAUGCGGCAUGGCCUACCUGGAGCAGCGGCGCUUCAUCCACCGCGACCUGGCCGCCCGCAACAUCCUGCUGGCGUCGGCCCAGAGGGUGAAGAUCGGCGACUUCGGGCUGAUGCGGGCGCUGCCCAACAACCACGAGCACUACGUCAUGCAGGAGCACCGCAAGGUGCCGUUCGCGUGGUGAGUGGGACGGGGAAAGGGGAUGGUGGUUGGGUGAGAGGGACGGUGCAGUGGGAAAGGGAGUGUGUGUGUUGCCACCGGGGGAGGAAAGGUUGGUGUGUAUUUGUGUGUCGGUGUGAUCAGGGCCGCCCACAAUCAGUAGGCAAACGUUGUCUGACGUUGCAGAUAGAAAUGCCAUGAAUAGAGCUUACAUGAUUCUGUUAUUCUACAUGCUUGAGACAUGUUUGUUCUAAGUAACAUAUUUUUAUCUGAACAUUCUACAACUUUGUGCCCUGGGGAAUGAGCCCCUGAUGUGGCUAUGCAUGGAUGCCAUAGUGUGUGUUUUUUUCCACUUUCUCGUCACCUUUUUGAUCCAUGGUCUUAACGUGUGUGUGUGUGUGUGUCUUCCCCCUCCAGGUGUGCCCCGGAGAGCCUGAAGACGCGGACGUUCUCCCACGCCACAGACACCUGGAUGUUCGGGGUGACGCUGUGGGAGAUGUAUACCCACGGACAGGAGCCCUGGCUGGGCCUCAACGGUAGCCAGGUACACACAUACACAGACACAGAGCAAACACAGACACUCAAUCACUCUCACACACACACAAAAUAGAAAUACAAAAUAUUUUGGGGUUUUACGUCAAGGUUUCAUUGUGGGUUCAAUUUAAGUAUUAAAGUCUGUGUAUGUGUUUCAGAUCUUACACAAGAUAGACAAGGAGGGUGAGCGUCUGCCCAAGCCAGAGGACUGUCCCCAGGACAUCUACAACGUCAUGCUGCAGUGCUGGGCCCAGAAACCUGACGACAGGCCCACCUUCGUCGCCCUCAGGGAGUUCCUGCUCGAGGUACGCACACCCCUGUGUGUGUGUGUGGGGGGGUGGUUUACAUCAGUGUUACAUCAGUGUUAGUCUUCUUCGUGCAUGUUUUCAUGGGUGUAUUUGGCCCGAGUCUAUUUUGAAUGUGUACGUUUGAGGUUGAAUACACGACCUUCAUAAGCGACAAUUGUGCGUUCUAACGUCAAGUCUAGUUUAUCAAUCUGCUUACAACCUGAGAUGUCAGUGCUAGCGCAAAUACUUAACCUUUUUGUAUAAAAUGUCAUUUAAUUUACAUUAUUUAUUUGUAUUACUUAAUGACAACAUGAAGUUGGAUUUUGGGAGCCCUUAAGGUGUUAUAUGGACCUAUAGCCCCACCUAGUGAAUCUUCUACUGUACUGCAUGGGCCUUACCGACUGAAGAAUCUUAACUUGUGUUCUUGCUUAACUGAUGUCAAGGGAAGAUUUGUGGAGGAAAAACUCAAAACUGAUUUCAAUGUAGAUUUUGGGCCCAAAUGACUUCGUUCUGAUGCCUUGUGCCCCACUGUUGGGGUGCAGUGUUAGUUAAAUGUACUCAAACUUGGUGUUUGUGUCCGUAUGUGUGUGUCCAUACCAGACCAUGCCAACAGACAUGUGCGCGCUGCAGGACUUUGAAGAGGCCGACAAGCUUCAGAUUCAGGUCAACGACGUGAUCACCAUCAUCGAGGGCAGGUGUGUGUGAUCAACUAAUGAACUAUAAAUCAAUAUUCUGUCAUCGUUGUGUUUUUCUUUGCAUGUUUGUGUAUGUGCAUGUGUCUGCAUCUUCUUGCAUGCCUGUGUGCGUGAGUAUCUGCCCCUGUGUGUGUACCUGCCUGUGUGAAUAGUAUUUUAUUAGGAUCCCAUUAGCUGUUGCUGAAGUGCCAGCUGCUUUUCCUGGGGUCCACACAAAGCAUAACACAUGACCUAACACAGAACAUUAAAGCAGCUUAUUAGCAGUUGCUACAUCAAGUGUUUGAAUGUAUAAAUUAAUGAUAUGUGCCCAUUUGAUUCUUGAAGAAUUUAACUUAUAAAUGCCUCAUCAGCUUAGAUCAACUGUCGUACCCCACCAGAACCCAAAAUAUAACCUUGUUUUACGCCAAUGUUUGUAAAAAAAGUAAAUGUAAACAAACACUACAUAGCCUCAAAACAUGGUUAAAACUAUCAUUUUGAUAUCAUGGAUGGUCAGUCCUUGUAUCUAUAGCUCUUUCUAUUAAUCUGAGGGUGGUUACGUUUCUCCAGCCCCAUCCCUCAGCUUUUUACCGAAACAAGGGCACUUUGUUAUUGUUUCUACUGCUGAUUACCGCUUCAAUAUACAAGAGCAGCUCAAGGACAUAACUACAUAAUGCGUAUGUCUCUUAACGUGUGUGUGUGUGUGUCUGCCCGUAUUUAUGCCUAUAUGUUUACAUGCCUGUUUGCGGUGGAUGCGUGCGUGCCACACGUAUGUAUCUGCACACACCCACCUGUGUGUCUGUCUGUCUGUACCUGAAUGUUUACUCACAUUCACCAGUACGUCGACCUACACCCCCUCUCUUUCUCAGAGCGGAGCACUACUGGUGGCGGGGCCAAAACCAGCGCACGCUGAAGUUGGGCCAGUUCCCCAGGAACGUGGUGACCUCGGUGGCGGGCCUGUCGGCCCACGACAUCAGUAGACCCCUCAAACACAGCUUCAUCCACACGGGCCACGGAGACACAGACCCACACCGCUGCUGGGGCUUCGCGGACCGCAUCGACGAGUAAGACGUAUCCUCAGAACUUAUGGUUCUAUCUACUUGUAGUGAUAUGUGCCGCUUACAGUGCGUACAUUUUUUUUGUAUUCGAUUAUGCUUGCGGGGGACCCACAACCUUGGCAUUGCAAAAAAAGUUGAUUCAGGUGUUUUUUUACCACUAGAGGACAGUAGAGUAUUGUUCAUAUUACUGUCUAGUCAGCUGAAGCGCAGCUGAAAUGACAAUAGCAGGCAGACCUGGGGCGCCUUCAGUAGGACGCAACGUUUUAAAACGUUCAGAUAGAAAUAUGCUAUGUAGAACAUGCCUCUGACAUGUAGGAUAAGGAAUCACUUCGGCUCUAUUCAUGGCAUUUCUACAACGUUCCACAACGUUUGGGUCUGAACAUGGCCCAGGGUUGGAUAAGCAGAUGUGAAACCUGGUGCGAGCCACCUGAUUUAUGGCUAGCCCCGGGUAGAGAACCUCUUGGUAUGGUAAGUCAAUAAAUGGCCCCUCUCUCUCUGACUCGCUUGCUGUAUCUCUGUCUUUCCUCUCUACCCCUCUAUCUUUCUCUCAUCCGCUAUCUCUCUCUCUCUCUCUCUGUCUCUCUCUCUCUCUCUCUCUCUCUCUCUCUCUGUCUCUCUCUCUCUCUGUCUCUCUGUCUCUGUCUCUCUCUCUCUCUCUCUCUCUCUCUCUCUCUGUCUCUCUCUCUCUCUCUCUCUCUCUCUCCUCUCUCUCUCUCUCUCUCUCUCUCUCUCUCUCUCUCUCUCUCUCUCUCUCUCUCUCUCUCUCUCUCUCUAGUCUGUACCUAGGGAACCCCAUGGACCCACCAGAUGUCUUGGGGUUGGACCUCAACGCUGCCCGGCCCACUCAGCUACCAGGACGAACAAAAAGUGAGUGGCCUAUUCCCAAACAACCUACUAGGCUGAAGUAUUGUCAGUGACUCAAGGAAUUAUCGUCACAGUGGCAUGUUUUUCUUCGUGGUUUAUCUUUUUCCUUUUUGUGGUUGAUCUUUUUUGGUUGAGCUCCCUCUUAUUCUGGCUUUUCUGAACCUGACUGUUUACACAGGGAGUCCAAUCUGACUUGUAAUCGUCCCUUUUUGCUUUUUAUUUGUUUGUCCGUCUCCGUGGUUGUACUUUCUUUCUUUCAUUCUCUCGCUCUCUCUUUUUCUCUUUCACACACUUUUGUGCUCUCCCUCUCUCUCUCACUCCUCUAACCCCUAUCUCUCCUUCUCUCUCUGGUGGUGGCAUUUUCAGAGGAGGCACCUCCCCGUCCCCCCCAGCCAGUGGUGCUUGUCAAGAGUAAGUGUGGCCUCUCGCACCAGUUCACCCAUUUCUCCUGCCCUCUCUGUUCUCUCUUAGCUCCACUCCUCAAAGGUACACGGUGUGCAAUCUCUCCUCUCCUCUCUCUCUCUCUCCCUCUUCUCCCUUGUUUCUCUUUCCUUCUCUUCCCAGUUACUCCAUUUCUCUUCUUCCUCCCUAACCUUGUUGUUUCUCCACUUCUCAUCUUCCUCUCCCACUAACAGUUGUGCAGUUUGGGUUUCUGUGCAUUGAGUGGUUAACGCCUAACCAGAGAGUUGAGAGUUGAAGCAUGUGUGGACCAACUUGUGUAUUGCAGCCUGGCUUAAAAGAGACGUUUUGGUCGUUUGUAAUGUUUGUGUAUGCCCCAAAGAAUCUUCUAAUGUUCUCUGUAGGAUUUUGUUAGUUUCCAUUCAUGUACAGUCGUGGUCAAAAGUUUUGAGAAUGACACAAAUAUUAAUUUUCACAAAGUCUGCUGCCUCAGUUUUUAUGAUGGCAAUUUGCAUAUACUCCAGAAUGUUAUGAAGAAUGAUCAGAUGAAUUGCAAUUAAUUGCAAAGUCCCUCUUUGCCAUGAAAAUGAACUUAAUCUCCAAAAAACAUUAUCAAUGCAUUUCAGCCCUGCCACAAAAGGACCAGCUGACAUCAUGUCAGUGAUUCUCUCGUUAACACACGUGAGAGUGUUGACGAGGACAAGGCUGGAGAUCACUCUGUCAUGCUGAUUAAGUUAGAAUAACAGACUGGAAGCUUUAAAAGGAGGGCGGUGCUUGAAAUCAUUGUUCUUCCUCUGUUAACCAUGGUUACCUGCAAGGAAACACGUGCUGUCAUCAUUGCUUUGCACAAAAAGGGCUUCACAGGCAAGGAUAUUGCUGUUAGUAAGAUUGCACCUAAAUCAACCAUUUAUCGGAUCAUCAAGAACUUCAAGGAGAGAGGUUGAAUUGUUGUGAAGAAGGCUUCAGGGCGCCCAAGAAAGUCCAGCAAGUGCCAGGACCGUCUCCUAUAGUUGAUUCAGUUGCGGGAUCGGGGCACCACCAGUGCAGAGCUUGCUCAGGAAUGGCAGGAGGCAGGUGUGAGUGCAUCUGCACGCACAGUGAGGCGAAGGCUUUUGGAGGAUGGCCUGGUGUCAAGAAGGGCAGCGAGGAAGCCACUUCUCUCCAGGAAAAACAUCAGGGACAGACUGAUAUUCUGCAAAAGGUAAAGGGAUUGGACUGCUGAGGACUGGGGUAAAGUCAUUUUCUCUGAUGAAUCCCCUUUCUGAUUGUUUGGGGCAUCCGGAAAAAAGCUUGUCCUGAGAAGACAAAGUGAGCGCUACCAUCAGUCCUGUGUCAUGCUUCUCAGCCAGGGGAGUGGGCUCACUGACAAUUUUGCCUAAGAACACAGUCAUGAAUAAAGAAUGGUACCAACACAUCCUCCGAGAGCAACUUCUCCCAACCAUCCAAGAACAGUUUGGUGACGAACAAUGCCUUUUCCAGCAUGAUGGAGCACCUUGCCAUAAGGCAAAGUGAUAACUAAGUGGCUCAGGGAGCAAAACAUUGAAAUUUUUGGUCCAUGGCCAGGAAACUCCCCAGACCUUAAUCCCAUUUAGAACUUGUGGUCAAUCCUCAAGAGGCGGGUGGACAAACAAAAACCCACAAAUUCUGACAAACUCCAAGCAUUGAUUAUGCAAGAAUGUGCUUCCAUCAGUCAGGAUGUGGCCCAGAAAUUAAUUGACAGCAUGCCAGGGCGGAUUGCAGAGGUCUUGAAAAAGAAGGGUCAACACUGCAAAUAUUGACUCUUUGCUUAAUGUAAUUGUCAAUAAAAGCCUUUGACACUUAUGGAAUGCUUGUAAUUAUACUUCAGUAUACCACAGUAACAUCUGACAAAAAUAUCUAAAAACACUGAAGCAGCAAACUUUGUGAAGACCAAUACUUGUGUCAUUCUCAAAACUUUUGACCACGACUGUACAAUGUAUGAAAUGGAAACAAUUUAUUUAUAUCCACACAUUACAGAUGGACACACUGACGAUUACAACUUUUUCAUUUCAGGGACAACUACAGAGUCAUUCAUUAUGUACAUAAAUAAACCUUGCAUCAAAGGCAGCACUCAAGGUUGAUCACUCAAGGUAGACCGUUGGGGCCUUGUGGAUGGACUACAGUGCUACAUGAGUAAUGAGCGGUUACGGCGUAGAAGUAUUGUAAAGUUGCCACAGUCAUUAGAUGCCAACGUCAUUAGUCGCCAAAGUUGUUAAGUUGCGUUUGUUUGUCUGUUUGUUUUUCCAGAGCCGUGCUACGACUCGGUGACUGAGGAUGAGGAGCUGACCGCCUCAGGCCUCAAGAGGCUGUCACUACGGAAAGCGGGCUCCAUCAAAGGCCUCAAGCUCAAACCCGCCACCUGGGUCUCCGCCUCCAAACAGGGGGGCCAGACUAUGGGCUCAGGCCACACCCCCAGUGAGGUGUCACUCAUCGACUUUGGGGAGGAGUUUCCCCCGGCCACAUCCUCCCCAUCCCCGGUGGUGGAGCUCCAGGUGCCUUCAUUGGCCAAACUGGCCCUGGAGGCGGAUUUUAUUCUGGACCGUACUCCUACCCAGAGCCCAUUGCGCUCGCUGCCCCGCCCCUUACACCCCACGCCAGUGGUGGACUGGGACGCCCGGCCCUUACCUCCACCUCCUGCGUACGAUGAUGUGGCACAGGACGAGGAGGACAUGGAGGUGAGCUCCAUCAACAGCCUGGAUCAGCAGCAGCAGCAGGGGGGGGUGGGUGAGAGCCACAGCCCCACAGAGGCCAUGCCGGCUGGUGAGGAGGCCAUGGCCGGUGCGGCCGACAAACCCCUGGAGGACAACCUCUUCCUGCCCUCUAGUCAGGGCCAGGCCUCCACAUCCUUCUCCCAGUCAGCUGAGAUCUUUCAGGAGCUCCAGCAGGAAUGCAUGAGGAGGCUCAAUGUGCCCACGGGAGGAGGUCCCCAGCCCCCCUCACUGUCCCCGAGCUCAGGCCUCCAGUCCAUGGACGUCCACCGCCAGAUUGUCUUGUUCUUCUCUGAGGACAAGCCCCAGAUCCCUCCACGCGUUCCCAUCCCGCCGCGCCCUGUCAAACGGGGGGACUACGCCCGCUGGUCCGGUGACCUCUCCCUGUCCCCGACUCCAGCUUCCGAGGAAGUCCAGGACCGGCCCCCUCAGAUCCCCCCGCGGGACCCCCUGUCCCAGCCGGGCUCGCGCACCCCCAGUCCCAUGGGCCUCCAGGUGGGCUCCCCCCAGCAAAGGACAAUGGUUUUCCCCAGUGCCCCUCCUCCGCCCACAUAUGGAUCCUACCUCUCCACGUCCCCGGGGAAGCUCAUGCCCACCACACAUAGCUUUGCCUCGGACCCCAAAUACGCCGCACCCAAGGUCAUCCAAGCACAAACCCAGGGUAAGGACCUGGCCAAGGGGCCCUGCAUCCUGCCCAUUGUCCGCGACGGCCGCAAAGUCAGCAACACGCACUACUACCUCCUGCCUGAGAGGCCACCUUACCUGGACCGCUACGACCGCUUCUUCAGGGAAGCGGAAAACGUGCCGACCGGUGGCAGCGGUGGGAUCUGCGAGGAGAGGCGGCAGGCCAACACAGCCACAGUCAGGCCCAUGGUGGUGAACCAGCAGCAGCAGAACCAGGGGGGGGGAGACCUCAAGGCCAACUUCUCCUCCAACAACAACAGCAGCCUGGGCUUCCGGCUGGCCAUGAAGGCCUCCCUCAGCCUGCCCAGGGUCAGCUCUGACGGGUCAGCCGGCAGGGCGGAGGGGGGAACCACAGCAGACGAGGUCAAGAUGGUGAGUAGUGCCAAAGGCUCCAUCCUCCGAUUUUUAUUUUUAUCAGUAAUCAGUCGAUUUGAUUUUCAAUAAGAAACGAACACAGGAAAGAACAUGGCCUACUACACAAAAACACAUAGGCAUAACAAAAUAAAAAACUAAGGGGGGAGGCAACCACUACUGUUAUAUUACAAACAAAAUAGAACUAGAAAAGGGAUACAAAAGAGGAUGACUAAAUAAGAACUGGAGGAUACAGCCAACAAUGUAUUUUUUUUAACAGUAUUUGUUUGUGCUGCGUUUGUCAUUUUGCUCUUUGAUGCCAAAUCAAAGGCUUGGCUAUAGGGACUUGGGACUUUUAUGAUGUACUUUAAUACAGUGCAGGGCACUGUAUUAAAGUACUGAGAUGUGGUCCACAGACACACACACAAGCCUAAACUUUUUGCAACAACUAUCUAAACUAUCGAUCUAAAUCAACACUCUCAACCAAUCAAGUAUCCAUCAAAAAUGAUUUAAUAGAUUACACUCUGGAAUGACAUUGGGCUUAUAUUAUUAAUAUUUUUUAUUAUUUUUUAUUUAUUCUUUAUUUAUUCAGAAAUAUCCAUUGAGACCAGGGUUUAAUUCACAAGGGUGCCCUGAUCACAGUAAGACAACAAUCAAAUACAAUAUCAAACAAAAAGUGAUCAAUAUAAUGUAAAUUAAAAUAACAAAUAUAGAACAAUGUAAGAAAAACAUAACUCAGCUACUAGGUCCUCAAUCAAUACUUUAAAUUGCCCGAUCAGCACUAAUACAGUACAUCUUUGCCCCCAACCCAUGGCACAGACUUAACAUAAGCUCUAGUAUGUAUAUACACAUUUUUACCAUAGGCUCUAGUCAAAAGUAGGGCACUAUAUAGGGAAGAGGGUCAAAAGUGGUGCACUACUUAGGUAACAGGGUGCCAUUUCAGACGCAGCCAUGCUCAAGGGCACAACAAUUUUAUGUUAAAUCUAGGUGUUUAUUGCAAUUUAUCCCAUUUCGGACACAGCCCUAAUCUGCCUUCAAAGUGCCUUCAGAAAGUAUUCAAACCCCAUUGACUUUUUCCACAUGUUGUUGUCAGAGCCUGAAUUAAAAAUGUAUUAAAUGUAUUUAUUUUUUUGCCACUGGCCUACACACAAUAACCCAUAAUGUCAAAGUGGAAUGGUGUUUUUCUAAUUUUUUACAAAUGUAUUCAUAAUGAAAAGCGGAAAUGUCUUGAGUCAAUAAGUAUUCAACCCCUUUGUCAUGGCAAGCCUUAAUAAGUUCAGGAGUCAAAAUGUGCUUAAUAAGUCACAUAACAAGCUGCAUGGACUCAAGCUCACAGAACGGGACCGCCAAAAAAAUUGUCUGUGCUCAGUUGAAACGCUCACUACCAAGUUCCAAACUGCCUCUGGAAGCAACGUCAGCAGAAGAACUGUUCGUCGGGAGUGUCGUGAAAUGGGUUUCCAUGGCUGAGCAGCCGCACACAAGCCUAAGAUCACCAUGCACAAUGCCAAGCGUCGGCUCCAUUGGUCUCUGGAGCAGUGGAAACGCAUUCUCUGAAGUGAUGAAUCACGCUUCAUCAUCUGGCAGUCCAAGGGAGAUUAUCUGGGUUUUGGCGGUUCCGUGUAGCUCAGUUGGUAGAGCAUGGCGUUUGCAACGCCAGGGUUGUGGGUUCAAUUCCCACAGGGGGCCAGUAUGAAAAUGUAUGCACUCACUAACUGUAAGUCUCUCUGGAUAAGAGCGUCUGCUAAAUGACUUAAAUGUAAAUCUUAAAUGUAACGCUACCUGCCCGAAUGCUUAGUGUCAACUGUAAAAUUGAGGAAUAAUGGUCUGGGGCUGUUUUUCAUGGUUCGGGCUAGGCCCCUUAGUUCCAGUGAAGGGAAAUCUUAACAUUAAUGACAUUCUAGAUGAUUCUGUGCUUCCAACUUUGUGGCAACAGUUUGAGGAAGGCCCUUUCUUGUUUCAGCAUGACAAUGCCCCUGUGCACAAAGCGAGGACAAUAUAGAAAUGGUUUGUCGAGGUCUGUGUGGAAUAACUUGACUGGUAUGCACUAAGCCCUGACCUCAACCCCAUUGAACACCUUUGGUAUGAUUUGGAAUGCCGACUGCGAGCAAGCCCUAAUCGCCCAACAUCAGUGCCCGACCUCACUAAUGCGCUUGUGGCUGAAUGGAAGUAAGGCCCCGCAGCAAUGCUCCAACAUCUAGUGGAAAGCCUUCCCAGAAGAGUGGAGGCUGUUAAAGCAGCAAAGGGGUGACCUACUACAUAUUAAUGCCCAUGAUUUUGGAAUGAGAUGUUCAACGAGCUGGUGUCCACAUACUUUUGGUCAUGUAGUGUUCCUCAUCUCUGUACCCGAUACAUACAAUUAUCUGUAAGGUCCCUCAGUCGAGCAGUAAAUUUCAAACCAAAGACCAGAGAGGUUUUCCAAUGCCUCGCAAAGAAGGGCACCUAUUGAUAGAUGGGCAAAAAAAAAAAAAAGCUGACAGUUGAAUGUCCCUUUGAGCAUGGUGAAGUUAUUAAUUACACUUUGGAUGGUGUACACCCAGUCAAUACAAAGAUACACGCGUCCUUCCUAACUCAGUUGCCGGUAAGCAAGGAAACCGCUCAGGGAUUUCACCAUGAGGCCAAUGCUGACUUUAAAACAGUUACAUAGUUUAAUGGCUGUGAUAGGAGAAAACUGAGGCUGGAUCAACAACAUACUAAGGGACGGAUAGAAAUGUACAGAAUGAUUACCUGGAGGAAAAUGGGGGAGGGUUUAGAAUUUAAAUCUAGUCCAGGGGAGGGUCAUGUGUAGCUCAGUUGGUAGAGCAUGGCGUUUGUAACGCUAGGGUUGUGGGUUCGAUUCCCAUGGGGGGCCAGUAUGAAAAAUGUAUGCACUCACUAACUGUAAGUCGCUCUGGAUAAGAGCGUCUGCUAAAUGACUAAAAUGUAAAAAAGAAAUGUAAUUUGUAAUUGAUUACAUUUCAGUGUUUUAGUAUGAGUUGCUUAUUAGGCUAUAUAUCGAUGUGUGCCCUAUGCCGCCCCUCAUCUCUGAUUCUCCGCUAUAUCAAUAUCAAGUGCGCCUCUAGGCUAUUUAGUGUGGUCUCAAUCAAAUGAUCUAUAGGCUACGAAGUGCAUGCUCGGAGAAGCACAGAGCAAAGUUAUAUUUCUAAGAUAGCUGCUGGGAAGGUGUAAAUAAAACUAGGUUGCAUUACACACUGCAAUGGAUAUUCCAGCCUUGAGCCCCCGGCCUGCUCAGCUCUUGCUGAUCAAAACUAAUGGCUGUGCUGUGUAGGGCUAUGGUGGCAGUUCAUAGUCAAAGGUUUCUUCUGAUUAUUAUUAUUUUUAUUAGGCCUAGUACAAAGAAUGCACCAUCUUGCGCACGGACUAGCCAAUGUUCAGUUUGAGAAGGAGUGUGUGAAGAUGAGGUCAACUUUGAUAGCUGCCUACUACUAUAAUUGAAUUUAUUAAAAACAAUAUGUUUCUUGCCCAUGAUGUAUUUAUCAGAGUUAUUGACCUCACAAUAAGCCAGAUUCGAGUAACUUGACAGUUUAUGGUGCUGAAAGUAGGCAAAUUCAGGUAGGCAUAAUUCAUUUAAACAGUCUUCAUUUUAAUUAGACUUUACUAACAACAAGAAAGCUUUGUGUUGAAGCAUUUUUCCUUCUAUUUAAGAAAUAAGAGGUAGGCCUACCUGUUUGACAGACAAAAUUAGGCUAUAGACUGCUAUAUCCAUAGAUUUGUCGGUCAAUUCCUCCACCAACCAUGCACUCUUUGAAUAGGCUACCUCCGUGUCAUUGAAGGGCUGUUAAGUUAAAACCAAGACUCAAAUUGAACGGGGUAUGAGAGGAUAUGCUAUAGGGAAUUUGCCAGUACGUCCAACCGGCCUCACAACCGCAGACCACAUGUAACCACGCCAGCCCAGGACUUCCACAUCUGGCUUCUUCACUCAGACGAUCCUGAGGUCAAUUUAGUAGGUCCAUUAAGUAGGCAGCUGGCUUCUCUCUGAAACCACAAAUCCAUCUGUAGGUGAUGCUUUAUCCUUUGGAACCACACAAUUACCAGGUGGACAAUAGGCCUCUUCAAGCGAUAGAGGAAAUCAACAAGAUCCACAAGUGCUGCACUGUCCCACUCUAUGGUGGAUAACACCCACUCUUCGUUUAUGUAAUGGGCUGUAAGGCACAAGUAUCCUAUUUUUCGAAAGUCGUCGGUCCACAUUUCAAGUGUAAUUGCGCCAUUGUAUUUACCCAAGUUCUCUCUCAACUCCGGGACCACCCGUCAGCUGAGUUUUUGUUUUGUUUUGUUGCCCGAUGCAGGACUCUAGUGCGAGAGGAGAGAGAUUCUCGGACUGAAACAUUCACACCUCCAUUAAUUUACGAAAGGAUAGUCUAAUAGCUCAGCUAGGGGUGAAAAAUCCCCCAAUUUGUGCCACAGUUUAGACUACCAAUAGAUACUGUGGUCAGUCAGAGUUGAGUAAUUUGUCAAGUGUAGCUUAAUGGCCAAAAAGGGCAAACUUGCAAUGUAUUCGAGGCUUAAGUCGUCUAAAGUUUUACAUUUCUAACUCAAUAUAACAGACCUGAUUUGCCCUAACGAAAAAGCAUCAACCCCUACAAAUAUAUACAUGUAUUAUAAUCCACAUAAUAAUUCAAACGAAAUUAGCUGUAGCAAGAGGAGAGAGACUGCAUAUGCUAAAGACAAUCAGAAAGAAUGUGUCUUUAACCCUGCAUUAUAAUAUAACUUAUUUUGAACGAAGAACAGGAAUGAGUGAGUCACUCAGCCCUAUGCUUCUGUUCCUGCUUCUGUUGCCUAGUUGAUUUUUUGUUUAAUAUCCUAGUGAUUCUGUGAUCACCAAGCCUCAUGCAACCGCAAAAUGUCGGAUAAAGCAAUUUCACAAAUCCGGCUCUUCCAAAGAGUAUGCAAAGCUGUCAUCAAGGCAAAGGGUAGCUACUUUGAAGAAUCUCAAAUAUAAACUGUAUUUUGAUUUGUUCAACCCUUUUUUGGUUACUACAUGAUUCCAUAUGUGUUAUUUCAUAGUUUUGAUGUCUUCAUUAUUAUUCUACGAUUUAGAAAAUAGUAAACAAAAUGUGGCUUAAGUCCAGGGGUAUGAAUACUUUCUGAAGGCACUGUAUAUUAUAGGGAAUAGGGUGCCAUUUCAGAUGCAGACGUUGUUUUGGUGUUAAUUGUGCCAUCAUUUAUCAGGAGGGGGCAACAGAAGGCAAUUAUUGAUCAGUCUUUACAUAACACUAACUCCUGCUUAGGCACUGUUUGUGUGCUUACUGGUUUGUCUGCUUGCUUACUUACAUCUACUCCUUACUGGUGGAUUGAUUACUUCUUCACUAAACUGAAAUUCAAUAUUACAAACUGUAACCAAAUUGCAAUUGAUGUAUAAAAACCAAAUCUAUCAUUUGUGCACUGAGACCACUUGGGCGAUGGAUGUGUACUGUGCAAAAGGAAAUUAUCAAUAGGGAGUCUGCAUUAAAGCAAUCAGUCACUCACUCUCUCUCUCAUUGAAGUACUCACUCACUCACUCAUUAAAGCACUCACUCACUCAUUAUAGCACUUUCUCACUCACUGCAAUCUGAUUCUCUACCCUUCUUCAAAAGUGUGCACUCAUUCACUCCCUCAUGCAUUUAAAAUAAUUGGAUUGGUGCAAGCAUGGCUGCAGACACUUUCCACCAUAUUCCUCACAGUCCAUUCCUUUUAGAUCCAUGAGGGGGAGUGUAUGAGUGCACACUUUGGGAGAAGGGUAGAGAAUCGGAAUGUAGCCACUCACUCACUCAAAAAGACUGACAGACACUCAAAACCUCGUAUUUUCCACAAUAUAUUAAAGCUCUGGCUAGAAAUAAAGCAUUAGUGUCUGAGCAUAAUUGAAUUACUCUUUUGAAAAGGGUUUGUUUAUGUGGUUUUGAUUGACAGCAGAGGACUGCUGAGCUGAUUGGUCAGUGUAGCAGCAACAUUGACCUAAUUGGUUGUUUGUGUGGCAUCCACAGGUGCAGGAGGCGGUCCAUGGCGUGACUAUAGAGGAUUGUCAGACAGCCCUCCAGAACCACAACUGGGACGUGCAGAAAGCUGUGCACUACCUCAAGGUAGGGUCCCUUGGCAGUAGUGCACUAUUACCUUGCCACACUAUUGAGAGGUACUACAUUGGCCUGGUUACACAUCCACCUUAAUUGCUGAAACCGUGCUGGAAAGGAUCAUGCGAAUCCAAAAAAUCUGAUCACAGCACAGUUUGAGUGUAAAAAGGGUCUAUUAUACCAGUGACCACCACAGCCCUCAAACCUGCUGCAAGUCGAGAGUAAAUAAUUAGAUCUAGGCCUGAGGAAGUUGUGUGUAAAAAGCCAAAAUGGUUGGAGAGUUGCUGACUGACAGAAUAGUAAAAACAUCAGAAAAAAAAUUCACACGCAAUAUAAACUCUAAAUUAUUUAUAAACAGGCAGUUUAUGUAGUGUGACUUUUUUUUAGGACGUUGUGGAAAUAGAACAGCACUACCUUACAAACGGGAUUGAAAUAUCUGAUGACAAAUACAUGAAUAAUACAAUGUUUUCAGAGAUGAUGACGAGUCAUGAGUACUGAUGGUGCGUUGUAACUGAUCCUGUUGCUCUCAGGUUGAGCAGCUGUUCUGUCUUGGCCUGAAGACCAGGACGGAGUGUCUCAAGGUGCUGGAGAUGCACGACUGGAACCUGGAGGUGGCCAGCACUCAGCUCCUGGACUCCUACGGCUCCGUCUGGCAAAGGUAA